AUGAGGCCAUUGUUCGGAGCGGGAUGGCCUGGGGAAACCUGGCCUUUAGCGACGAUGAGGGAAAGCCAGUGGGGCGGUUCGAUGAACGACACAGUUGUGCAAGAGGAGAAGACAGCACGGGGCACGACGGAUUCCAGGAGAUGCGGACCAAGACGGGAAGCACGCCAGGUGAGGAACGCGGAGGAUCGGUGUAGGCGAGAGGCAAUCCGGGAAGUAGGGGAGGACCAGUCAGCCGUUUGGACCUGGUACGAGGGGCUCGAGAGGAGGCUUGGAGGUGGCCGAGGAGAGGCGGCGGGGAAUCCGGCCGCACUGAGCCGAACCGACCGAUCGGACCCACCAACGGGUCGAGCGGGUCGAACCCCAGGGUUGACAAGCGAGGGAAGGCCCGUGCAGGGGAUGAAGCGGUUGUCGCACUCUUUCGGGGGCGAUCACCGACUUUAG